GCGGAAUUACGGGUUCCGUGGUUCUGGCGCUCCGCCUCUGAUUGGCCAUGGAGCCACCACCCUUUCGGCGAAUGAUGAGGCUCUUCGGACAAUUGAGACCCGGCCUGCACGCGGACAAGGCAUUGCGAGCAUCUGCCGCGAGCGCCAGGCACAGCAGCACUCGCCGGCCUCACGGGCUGCGACUCCCGUUUUCCAAGGUGCUGAUUGCCAACCGUGGUGAGAUUGCCGUGCGCGUGGCACGUGCGUGCCAUGAGGAGGGCUUGAGCACAGUGGGCAUCUACGCGGAGGAGGAUGCGGGCUCUCUUCAUGUCAAGCGAGUGCAGGAGGCUUUCAAGGUGACUUCGCAGAAACCCGGGCCCAUUGCACCCUACCUGGACGUGCAGAGCGUGGUGGAAGCAGCAAAGCGGAGCGGGGCGGAGGCGGUGCACCCGGGCUACGGCUUCCUGUCAGAGAGCGCGGAGUUUGCGGCCGCCUGCGAGGCCAACGGCAUCACCUUCAUCGGGCCCCGUGCAGAGACCAUUGCGCUGCUCGGGGACAAGGUGCGUGCCCGCGAGCUGGCGGUGGACAGCGACGUGCCGGUGCUGAAAGGCUCGCCCUUCCUGGGGUCUUGGCAAGAUGCCCGCGACUUCCUGCAGCGCGAGUCUUUGCCGCUUCCUAUCAUCUUCAAGGCCGCAUUUGGCGGCGGCGGCCGGGGCAUGCGUCUGGUCCGGCAAGAUGAUGAGCUGAAUGAAGCCUUUGAGCGUUGCACCAGCGAAGCCAAGACGGCCUUCGGCAACGGCUCCGUCUUCCUGGAGGAGUUCCUGGAUGACGCGCGGCACAUCGAGGUUCAGGUGUUGGCGGACGGCCAGGGGGGGUGCGCGCACUUGUACGAGCGGGACUGCAGCGUGCAGCUGAGGAACCAGAAGGUCGUGGAGGUGGCGCCAGCUCGCAUCCACCCAGGGCUUCGGGAGCGGAUCACGGAGUGCGCGGUGCGGCUGCUGCUGAGCUGCCAGUACCGUGGAGUGGGCACGGUGGAGUUCAUGGUGGCGGGCGGCUUGGAUGACCCCUCCGCCCGCUUUGUCUUCAUGGAGGUGAACCCGCGCAUUCAAGUGGAGCACACCAUCACCGAGGAGGCCACGGAUGUGGACAUUGUGAAGACCCAGCUGGGCAUCGCAGGCGGUGCCAAGUUGGAGGAGCUGAACUUGCCCGGAGGCCCCGGCAGCGCGGCAUCUACGCUGCGGGGCUUCGCCAUCCAGUGCCGCGUCUCCUUGGCGCCAGGCGGCGGCAGCGAGGUGUCGAAGUAUGCGGAGCCAGAGGGCGAGGGCGUGCGGGUGGACGCCGCCCUGUAUGCCGGCGGUAGUCCGAGCAUGCACUACGAUCCCCUGGUUGGAAAGCUGAUCUGCUACGCAGAUGGCGCAGGGGACGAUGCCUUUCAAGUCUGCCGCCAGCGGACCAUCACGGCCUUGGACUCCUAUGUCAUUGAUGGGGUCAACACCAACAAGCCGACCUUGCGGGGCAUCCUUCAUCACCCGGAGUUCAUCAACAAUGAGGUGCUCUUGUCCUUCAUGGCCCGGCACGGUGCGACGCUGGCGGGCGGCACUGCGGCAGAGAAGACAGGCGGAGCCAGCAAGCCAGCGGCGCUGAAGCGCCAGGAGCUGGCGGUGCCGUCGCCGCUGGAGGCCACGGUGGUGAAGAGCUGCGUGGCGGAGGGCGCCGAGGUGGAGGAGGGUCAGCUCUUGGUGCUGCUCUCCGCCAUGAAGCUUGAGACGGAGGUCCGGGCGCCCCACGCUGGCACUGUGCUGAAGGUCGCAGUCGUGGAUAACCAAACCGUGAAGUCGGGUCAAGACCUUGUUGUUCUGGACGCGCUGGUGCCGGAGGACGGGGCGGGGGCAGCGGCGGCCACAGCGGCCACGGCAGCGGCCAACCGCGUGCGAGUAGGUGGCCUCGGAGCGGUGGAUAGCACCGCGGUGUGGUUCGGCAAGACGACGGGCGUGAAGCCCUGCGAGGGCGCCACCAGCAGCAGCAUCCGGCUGCCGCCGCCGCGCCAUGACGAGGUGUACCAGCACCGGCAGAAGCACCACACGGAGCUGCUGGAGGAGCUCAACCAGCGCCUCGCGACCGUGCACGCCGGGGGAGGCACCAAGGCCGUCGAGCAGCACCAUUCCCGCGGCAAGGCUUUGCCCCGCGAGCGCAUCGAAGCGAUCCUGGACCAAGGCUCCAAGUUUCUGGAGUUCUCGCCGCUGGCGGCCUGUGAUCUGUACGACGGCAAGGCCCACUCUGCAGGCAUCGUCACCGGCAUCGGCCUGGUGCACGGCCGGGAGGUUCUCUUCGUGGCCAACGACGCCACGGUGAAAGGUGGCACCUACUACCCCAUGACCGUGAAGAAGCAUUUGCGUGCGCAGCAGAUUGCCAUGGAGAACAAUUUGCCUUGCGUCUACCUGGUUGACUCUGGGGGUGCCUACUUGCCGCUUCAGGAUGAGGUGUUUCCUGAUCGGCUGCACUUCGGCCGCAUCUUCUACAACCAGGCACAGAUGUCCAAGAAGGGCCAACCCCAGAUCUCCGCGGUGCUGGGCUCCUGCACCGCAGGGGGCGCCUAUGUGCCUGCCAUGUCUGACGAGAACAUCAUCGUCAAGGGGAACGGCACCAUCUUCCUGGGCGGGCCGCCCUUGGUGAAGGCCUCCACUGGUGAGGAGGUCACCGCCGAGGAACUGGGCGGCGCAGAUGUGCACACCUCCAAGUCUGGGGUGGCGGACCACUUCGCGGAGAAUGAGCCGCAGGCUCUGGCCAUGUGCCGGGAGGUGCUGGCAUACAUCGGCAACACGUCCGAGGCUGCUGCACCGGAGGUGGAGCCCGAGGAGCCGCUGCUGGACCAGGAGGAGCUGCUGGGCAUCAUCCCGGAGGACAAUUCCAAGGCCUUUGAGGUGCGCCAGGUGAUUGCGCGGCUGGUGGACGGAUCACGGUUUCACGAGUUUAAGGCCCGUUUCGGUUCUACGCUGGUAUGCGGCUUCGCGCACAUACACGGGUACCCUGUGGGCAUUGUCGCGAACAAUGGCAUUCUCUUCAGUGAGUCAGCACAGAAGGGCUCGCACUUUGUGCAGCUCUGCGGGCAGAGGCGCAUCCCCCUGCUCUUCCUGCAGAACAUCACGGGUUUCAUGGUGGGCAAGGCCUACGAGAACGCAGGCAUCGCCCGUGAUGGGGCAAAGAUGGUCAACGCCGUGGCUUGCGUGGACGUGCCCAAGAUUACAGUGAUCAUCGCCGGCAGCCACGGAGCGGGGAACUACGGCAUGUGCGGGCGCGCCUAUGACCCUCGCUUCCUCUUCAGCUGGCCCAACUCCCGAAUCAGCGUGAUGGGCGGCGCGCAGGCCGCGGACGUGCUCUCCACCGUGAAGCAGGACCAGCUGCGGCGCGCUGGCAAGCCCGAGAUGACGGAGGAGGAGCUGCAGGAGUUCAGACGGCCCACCCUGGAGAAGUACGAGGUGGAAGGCAGCCCGUACCAUUCCACAUCUCGCCUGUGGGAUGAUGGCAUCAUCGAUCCGCGGGACACCCGGCACGUGCUGGGCCGGUGCUUGCGCAUCUGCAGCCGUGAGGGCGGCGGCGCAAGCGGCGGCUUCGGCGUCUUCCGCAUGUAGGUGAUGGUGUGAUCUGUUUCUGAUCAGCAUAUAGGUCAAUGGACCUGACCAUUUGAACGUCUAAUUUCUUUAGCCUUGGCAGAGUUGCGUUUGGCAACGCCUGGCUGAACCGGAUUAGUUUGAAUGCUGCUGCUUGAGCUGGAAUCAUGCUUACUUUGUUGCGCUUGUUCGAUCCAUAGCUUCGCUUCGCGGCUUCCAGUGGCAGCUUGCAGGGCUCAGAUUUUAAUGCCGCCGAAUGGGCGUGAGUCCUUGCCGAUUUGACACGAAGCUCGGG